CGUAUCACACCUACUUGUCUUGUUCAUUUUUGAUUCAGCUUUUUCUCUCUCUUUCUCUGCGUGCAUGCAUGGAAGUCCAGGAAGAAGCCGGAGACAGGGCCAGGGCUAGGGCGGUGUAGAACUUCAUGUGUUUGAUGUACAAAUACAAGUAGAUAGCCAAUUAUUUGUGCAGAAUACGCUGCACGUGAAAAGCAGAUUUGAGCCGGUGAAUGGCAGUGUUUCCGAUUGGGAUUCCUGUUAACCCUUUCCGAAAGUUUGGGUGUUUUCUGACAUUCCGCACGGAAGUAGUCAUGGCGAGUACAGGUAAUAUCAGAAGCCUGUGUUCCCACGAGGUGAUUGGAUUUGACAUGGAUCACACCCUAGUGAGAUACAAGCUUCCUGCCAUUCGCACGCUGGUCCAGAAAUGUUUGUCAACGAGCCUAAUAGAGAGCAACAAAGCACCGUCCUCAAUACUUGAUGAUGCACGUGCCCUUGAUUUUCUUGUGAUGAAAGGUGUGGUGUGUGACAAGAGGCGUGGUAAUCUUCUCAAGCUGAGUGCCGAUUCUAAUAUUAUAAUGGCCUACCAUGGGUCCCGUAGCCUUAGCGAGUCUGAAAUCACGACAGAGUAUGGCAGUGGCGUUAGGAUUGACUGUGUGAAGGCAGAUCUAUGUGCUGGACAACGCUCAGAGCACUACUUCUUUUUCGACAACUACUUUGACUCGCCGGCCAUUCCGAUCCUGGCCGCUCUCAUUGACUGGACGGAUGCGAAGUUGGAACAUAAGUGGGAACCCGGUGCUAAGGAGCGUGACUAUUCUGAUAUUUGGACUCCACUUAUCGAGGCAUUCAACACCACCUUCCGCUGUGGAGCAUUCAAAGAGGGUACCGGUGGCUUCUUCCCAACAUUGCAGAAAGAUCCGGAGCCUUACGUUCGGCAGGUCACGCCCGGAGCGCGCCGCUGGUUGGCUGAGUUGCGUCGACAGGGCAGCCAGCUGUUUGUGCUGACCAGCUCACACUCGGACUUUGCCCAUUUCCUGCUCGACUACUCUUACGGGCCGUCCUGGCGCGAAGACUUUGCUGUGGUUGGUGUCAAUGCCCGGAAACCUGGUUUUUUCGCUGAGCCGCCGUCAUCGCGUCCGUUCUUCUCUCUCAAUGAUCACUUUGAGAAGGUUGAAUGCUCCGUGUCUGAUCUCAAGCAGAACAUGGUCUUUGCACAAGGCAACUGUGCAGGGCUCAAUGAAUUCUUUGCUCGCCUCACAGGCAAGGAAUCGCCCAAGGUUGCGUACUUUGGCGACAGUAUACGCUCCGAUGUCCUAUGCCUGAACAAGGGUAACUGGGACCCCGUAGCCAUUGUGGAGGAGCUGUUUGUUGAAUCACCCAGCAACAUUCCACCUCGGGUCCAUGUAAGCAAUUCAGUUCAAAACGGCAAUGGCUGUUCAUCACCGCCACUGGCUAAACGUGCAAAGAUGGAGGAGAAGAGUAUCAACGGAACUGACGUAGAUGCCGACUUUGAUACGCUGCGGUCGAGCGCGUGGGGGUCGUUCUUCGCGCACGAUGGCGGUGCAGAUACGCUCUGUGCGAAUAUGCUGCAGGAGCGAGCGUACGCUUGCGUGCCGUGUCUGCCAGAAGUCGCAGCAUCCCACGAGAAUUCGUCCUCCGGAGAGCAUACCGGCUGAUCAAGAUUGAUUGUGGCUAGGUGUCUUUGGUGGCAAGUACUUGUACACACAGCUCAAGCAAGGCACACUUUGGCACACGGGACGUUUCAGACUCAGUUUUUUGUGUGUAGCGCCCCUAAUUCUGAGUAGUAUUUAUUCUAUUUACUAUUCCUCUUCAGAUUAUUACCGUGUGUGCGUGUUCGUGUGUGUGUGUGUGUGUGUGUGUUUACCUAGUUUGGGUCCAUGGUUUGUGCCCCGCUGGUGUUACAUUGUGAAAUUGGCAACACAUUCUAAUGUAAGGAAGGAAACAUAAUGGAUAUGAGUUUAAAAGAGUAUCCAUAUGCUCCUUUCCUUGCUCUAUUUAUUAUUGGCUCAGUAUCCCAGUUUCACAUUCUAACGUGUCAUGCUUUUCUCUUCACCUAGCUCUUUUACAAAUUAUUCACAUUUUAAAGGCAAUUUCCUAACUUGCCCCCGGAAGAGUUCUGUACUGCACGACUA